AUGCCGGUGGCCAUACCGGUGGCCAUGCCGGUGACGACGGUGACGGUGACGACGGUGACGGUGGCGGCAGAGCCCCCGGGGCGGGCAGAGUUAAGGGUGCAGCUGGGGACAGGGGGAGUCCAGCCUGGGGACACCGAGGUCCAGCCCUGGGCCUGGGGACACCUGGGCACUGCUGGGGACCCUGGGGCAUCUCCUGGGGACGCUGGGGCACCUCCUGGGGACACUGGGACACAUCUCAGGGACCCCGGGGCACCUCUGGGGGACGCAGGGGGUGCUCGUGGCAACGAUGGUCUCCCCGGCCCUGCUGGACCCCCUGGACCUGUCGGCCCGGCCGGAGCCCCCGGCUUCCCCGGCGCCCCCGGCUCAAAGGGUGAAGCUGGUCCCACCGGCGCACGCGGUCCCGAGGGUGCCCAGGGUCCCCGCGGUGAAUCUGGCACCCCCGGCUCUCCUGGCCCCGCCGGCGCCCCCGUAAGUGCUGUCACUUGCUGUGUUCCCCCCCCCACGAUGGCUUGUCCCCGCAUGGAUGGGGCCGUGGCCUGGAGAAGGGACCGGGGCCAGGGCCAGCCGUGGGGACGCUGUGGCCCUGUCCCCCACCGCCCUCUCGCUCCCCAGGGAGAACCCGGCAUCGCAGGCUUCAAAGGCGAACAAGGACCGAAGGGCGAGACGGGACCCGCAGGACCCCAAGGUGCCCCCGGGCCGGCUGGGGGACAGGAUGGGGAUGGGAUGGGGGGUCUCACCGGCCGCCCAGGCGACGCUGGUCCUCAAGGCAAAGUCGGCCCAACGGGCGCUCCCGGCGAGGACGGCCGCCCCGGCCCCCCCGGCCCGCAGGGGGCGCGUGGUCACCCCAACCCCGGGAGGUUUCGGGGUCCUUCACCGCCGUCCUUCCCGCAGGGUCCCGCAGGUGAGAGGGGAGAGCAAGGAGCCCCCGGUCCCUCCGGCUUCCAGGGCCUGCCCGGGCCACCAGGUCCCCCCGGAGAGAGCGGCAAACCCGGAGAUCAGGGUGUUCCCGGAGAAGCCGGUGCCCCCGGUCUCGUCGGUCCCAGAGGCGAACGCGGCUUCCCCGGUGAACGUGGCUCUCCCGGCGCACAAGGGCUGCAAGGUCCCCGUGGGCUCCCCGGCACACCGGGCACCGACGGACCCAAGGGUGCAACCGGACCAGCUGGCCCCAACGGCGCCCAGGGUCCCCCAGGGCUGCAGGGAAUGCCCGGCGAGAGAGGAGCAGCCGGCAUCGCCGGUCCCAAGGGAGACCGGGGAGACGUCGGAGAGAAGGGCCCCGAGGGAGCCCCCGGAAAGGACGGCGCACGCGGUCUGACGGGUCCCAUCGGUCCCCCCGGCCCUGCUGGCCCCAACGGCGAGAAGGGUGAAUCUGGCCCUCCUGGUCCAUCCGGCGCUGCCGGUGCCCGCGGUGCCCCCGGCGAGCGCGGUGAGCCCGGUGCCCCCGGUCCUGCUGGAUUUGCCGGUCCCCCGGGUGCCGACGGGCAACCCGGUGCCAAAGGCGAACAAGGAGAGCCCGGACAGAAGGGUGACGCCGGCGCUCCCGGUCCCCAAGGUCCCUCUGGUGCACCUGGCCCGCAGGGUCCAACUGGAGUAACUGGUCCCAAAGGAGCCCGGGGUGCUCAGGGCCCCCCUGGAGCCACCGGAUUCCCCGGCGCCGCCGGCCGUGUGGGACCACCCGGCCCUAAUGGUAACCCCGGCCCCCCCGGUCCCCCCGGCUCUGCUGGCAAAGAUGGUCCCAAGGGUGCUCGUGGUGAUGCCGGUCCCCCGGGCCGUGCCGGUGACCCCGGUCUCCAAGGCCCCGCCGGCCCCCCUGGCGAGAAAGGUGAACCCGGCGAGGACGGCCCUGCGGGUCCCGAUGGUCCCCCCGGUCCCCAAGGUUUGGCAGGACAGCGCGGCAUCGUUGGUCUUCCCGGACAGCGUGGCGAGAGAGGCUUUCCUGGGCUGCCAGGGCCAUCGGGCGAACCUGGGAAACAAGGAGCACCCGGCUCUGCGGGCGACCGCGGCCCCCCCGGCCCCGUGGGUCCCCCCGGUCUGACAGGUCCCGCCGGCGAACCCGGGCGCGAGGGUAACCCCGGCGCUGAUGGACCCCCCGGCAGAGACGGCGCAGCCGGCGUGAAGGGCGAUCGUGGCGAGACCGGUCCCGUAGGUGCCCCCGGCGCUCCCGGUGCCCCCGGCGCUCCCGGCCCCGUCGGUCCCACCGGCAAACAAGGAGACAGAGGCGAGACGGGCGCACAAGGCCCCAUGGGUCCCUCCGGUCCUGCUGGCGCUCGAGGCAUGCCGGGUCCCCAAGGGCCUCGCGGUGACAAGGGUGAGACAGGAGAGGCUGGAGAGAGAGGUCUGAAGGGCCACCGUGGCUUCACUGGUCUGCAGGGUCUUCCCGGCCCACCCGGUCCUUCUGGAGACCAAGGUGCUGCUGGUCCCGCUGGUCCCUCCGGUCCCAGGGGUCCCCCCGGCCCUGUCGGCCCCUCUGGCAAAGACGGCUCCAACGGCAUGCCCGGCCCCAUCGGUCCUCCCGGCCCCCGCGGACGAAGCGGCGAACCAGGUCCUGCGGGUCCUCCCGGAAACCCAGGUCCCCCCGGUCCUCCCGGCCCCCCCGGCACUGGCAUCGACAUGUCGGCUUUCGCUGGCCUGGGUCAGCCGGAGAAGGGUCCCGACCCCAUCCGCUACAUGCGGGCGGACGAGGCCGCCCGCCGGCCCCGGCAGGCAGACGUCGGGAGCCUCCAUCCCUGCCUCCUCCCCUCCUGUCCCUCUCCCCCAGCCCCAAGAGGACAGCGAGGUCCACGAUGCUCUUUGUUCAGACCUCCAAAGCCUCAUGUUCAUGCACCGUUUGUCCUCCCCGCUGCAGGAGACUAUUGGAUCGACCCGAACCAGGGCUGCACCUUGGACGCCAUCAAAGUUUUCUGCAACAUGGAGACAGGCGAGACCUGCGUCUACCCCAACCCCAGCAGCAUCCCCAAGAAGAACUGGUGGACCAGCAAGACCAAAGACAAGAAGCACGUCUGGUUUGCAGAGACCAUCAACGGCGGUUUCCACUUUAGCUACGGCGAUGAAGACCUGGCUCCCAACACCGCCAACAUCCAGAUGACCUUCCUCCGCCUCCUGUCCACCGAAGGCUCCCAGAACGUCACUUACCACUGCAAGAACAGCAUCGCCUACAUGGACGAGGAGACGGGCAACCUGAAGAAAGCCCUCCUCAUCCAGGGAUCCAACGACGUGGAGAUCAGAGCCGAGGGCAACAGCAGGUUCACGUACAGCGUCUUGGAGGACGGUUGCACGAAACACACUGGCAAAUGGGGCAAGACAGUCAUCGAGUACCGGUCGCAGAAGACCUCGCGCCUGCCCAUUGUAGAUAUUGCACCUAUGGACAUUGGUGGAGCCGAUCAGGAGUUUGGCGUGGAUAUUGGCCCAGUCUGCUUCUUGUAAAAAGAAUUGU